AUGCACUGCGACAUCAAAGAGCCCAACGUGAUGAUCAGCCGCGACGCUGACUGGAAUGAACCGACACCUGGCGACGGGACGAAACGCGAGGUCCCCGCGGUGAGAAGCACGACGAACGUUGUGGUCAUUGAUUUCGGCCUGGCGCGGGACUUUAAGAAGGGUAGCACUGGGGUGAUGGGAACCCCAGGCUACAUGCCUCCUGAGGUCUGGACCCAUGGCGUUUGGACCAUCUUCGGCGACGUCUUCUCCUUGGGCCACUGGGCGAACGAGGGACCGGUCGGUCCGACGACGGCGACCACGGGAGGCGUACUGUGGCGACCUCAGACGCGAGAGUGGGGUUCUUCGUGUGUGGCGUACGAAGCAGGUGGGGUGGCGGAACAUGACGAAGCAGGCGAAAGGGUUCACCGCGGGCACUGCAAGGCCAAGGAAGCAGGGCAGCAGGAGCCAGAGGUGCAGCGCCUGCGAGACGGACACCGGGAGGGAGGCGCGGCGUGGUUGCGGACCGAGUUGGAGGCCAAGAACUACACCAACUUGCGACGGCUGUGCGCUAUGUUGGGGCUACCGCAGAGGAACGCGGAGCCGUCCUUGGUGGAUAUAGCUUCGGAGUUGGGCCUACCUUGCGAGCAUAUGCAUCGGAACAGGCUGGUGGAUAGCAUCGUUCUGUCGCUCUGUCCGCUGCGCGCGCCCGGGGCGGAAGAUGAUGUGAGGUAUCACUUUUGGCGCUGGCUCGCAGAUUGCCGGACCGUUCCUGCAGCAGACCUCGUAGCAAAGGCAUCUGUCAGUUUUCCUGCGACACAGCUACGGCGAUCCAUGCUUAGUGUUUGCGAAGAUGUUCCGUUGGAAAGUAUUGAGAGGAGGCAUGGAAGCGCGGCCGCGGAGCUGGAGCAAUUGAGCCAGGCCACCGUUGCAGUCUUGCAACACCUUUCUGCUUUGAAUGUUCAGUUUCCAGCUGAAGUGCCAGAGACUUGGACCACUGCGAUGGAACAACUGCAAAGCAUCAGAUGGCCAGACCGUUUGUCUGGAUUGCAGUGCAGUAGUUUGCUGGCUGUGUUGUUGGAGAAUCGGCCGCUACAGCGCAGAGGUUGGUGGCAGUUGGUGGAUUGCUGGGAUCGCGCAGAUCCAGUGGAUGUAGCAGAGCGACUGUGGAGCCUGGCCACAUGUCAUCAAGCUGGACCAGCAGUGGAGCCAGACAGUGGCUUCCAGGAUCGAGAAGAUGUUUUGGAGGUGGGUCGGCAGAAAGCGUGGGACUUUUGCAAGGUUUAUGUGGACGUUUGGUUCGGAGAAACAGCGGUCUUGGGCGCACUGAAGCACAAGCACAAGAGUCGUGGAUAUGACGAGGCAGACAAACUCUUGUUGCGCACUUUGAUGCGGCGCUAUGGCUGGGAAAGACAUCUGGACGAGAGCGCAGCGCGCACGUGGAUGGAAACCUUUGAAGCAGUCAAGAAGGCAGAGGAUUGGUCUCGUUUUGCUUGGUUUCUGGUCGCGCACUUGUUGCACCCUGCUUGUCGUGAGAGUUUGCGUGCGUGGCACAAUCCGGUGACCGUUUUGGAGUCGAGAUUAGACCGCAGUGGUAUUGCCCAGGAGGUGGUUACUUUGCACGAUGACUUGUUGGCCUGGCAAGAUCUCCACGGGUGUUCUUCGUUGCCCGAGAAGAAGCAGCAUGCAGACUUGGCGAAGAGGGUGGGCAAGUAUUUCAACAGCAGGGAGGCGCGUGUGAGGACCCUCCAGAAAGCUUAUCCUCCAGACUUUGCGCCGCUGCCGGGUUACAGAGUUGAGUGUUUGUCCUUGGAAGGCGAUUCCCUGCGUGGUGUACUCUGGCGGUCUGCAGCUGAACGUGCUCUGAUGUUUUCGAUCCCCGGUUAG